UCGAGUCCACCAACACUCUUGGGUUGUUCAGGUGAAGAAGCUAAACAGAACAAGAGACUAGUCAAGAUGGUUUGGGACGGAGGAAUCGAGCCCAAUGGCACAGAAGGCAAGAACUUCUACAUCCCUAUGUCCAACAGGACUGGGAUUGUUAGAAGUCCUUAUGAAUACCAACAGUAUUAUAUGGUAGAUCCCAUGGUCUACAAGCUUCUAGCUUGCUACAUGCUCUUCCUGAUCUUCACUGGAACUCCCAUCAACGCUCUGACAUUGCUAGUAACGUUCCAGAACAAGAAGCUCCAGACGCCUCUCAACUACAUCUUGGUCAACCUGGCUGUGGCUGGGCUAAUCAUGUGCGCCUUUGGAUUCACCAUCACCUUCACAUCUGCUAUCAACGGCUACUUCAUUCUUGGCCCCACUUUCUGUGCUAGAGGAUUCAUGGCCACACUUGGAGGUGAAGUUGCUCUCUGGUCUCUGGUAGUGCUGGCUAUUGAAAGAUACAUUGUUGUCUGCAAACCCAUGGGAAGCUUCAAGUUCAGUGGUACACACGCUGGAAUUGGUGUUGGGUUCACCUGGAUCAUGGCUUUCGCAUGUGCUGGACCUCCACUGUUCGGCUGGUCCAGGUACAUUCCUGAGGGCAUGCAGUGCUCCUGCGGACCUGACUACUACACUCUGGCUCCAGGCUUCAACAAUGAAUCAUACGUCAUGUACAUGUUUAUUGUACACUUCUUCACUCCUGUAUUCCUAAUUUUCUUCUCUUACGGAAGCCUUGUCAUGACAGUCAAAGCCGCUGCAGCCCAGCAGCAGGAGUCAGAGUCCACCCAGAAGGCUGAGAGGGAAGUGACACGCAUGUGCAUCUUGAUGGUCUUCGGAUUCCUGGUAGCUUGGGUGCCAUAUGCCUCUUUCGCUGGUUGGAUCUUCUUGAACAAGGGAGCUGCCUUCACCGCCAUGACAGCAGCUCUCCCCGCCUUCUUUGCAAAGAGCUCAGCCCUGUACAACCCUGUUAUCUACGUGCUGAUGAACAAACAGUUCCGUAACUGCAUGCUGAGCACCAUUGGAAUGGGCGGUAUGGUGGAGGAUGAGACCUCAGUAUCUGCCAGCAAGACAGAAGUGUCCUCUGUGUCUUAAAUAUAGAGACAUUUUCAUACACCUGGACAUGUUCAUUUCCUUUUUUUCUUUGGUCGGGAAUAAUUCCUGGAUGUGGACCGAGUAAAGUUCAGGGACGUCUGGGCUACUUGACCAGUGAUGAACAGCUCCAGCGACAAACUCAUGAACUGCAUUUUCUCAUCUUUCCUUUGAAGAAUGUUGGAAAGUGUUUGUCAUGUCCUUUGUCAAUCUGAAUUCAAAAUCAUUGCAAAUAAUGGUAAGAUCUGUGAACUCAUGUAUGUGGAUGCUCACUUUGACUCCCACUGAUGUCAGAGGCACAGCUGUCACUGUAACGUUUAAGCUAUUUGGAACCAUUGAAUUUACAUUACAUCCUUAAAGAACAUUUGGUUUAAAUACAGCAAUAUAUUUUUUUCUCUAACAUCAGUGGGAACAUAUUUUGUACUGUAUUUUCAAAAUGAGCAACUAUAUACAAUGUAAAACUUUUGUCACUUGCUGAGUUGGUCAUCAUGAAUUGUAAACAUUGUAUAUAUAAAAAUGAACAUAGAUAAAUAAAUGCAUGCAUAAAGAAA